AUGCCAGAAUUUGAUAAAUACACUACACCACUUUCUUCCAGAUAUGCUUCUGAUGAAAUGUCUGCAAUUUUCUCAUUGAGAAAUAGAUUUUCAACAUGGAGAAAAUUAUGGUUAAAUUUAGCCAUUGCUGAGAAGGAGCUAGGACUUGAUAUAAUUACCGAUGGUGCUAUUGAGUCUAUGCAGAAGCAUUUGGAGAUUACAGAUGAAGAAAUAGCAAAAGCUUCUGCUCAAGAAGCAAUUGUCAGACAUGACGUUAUGGCCCAUGUUCACACUUUUGGUGAAACUUGCCCUGAAGCAGCAGCUAUUAUACAUUUAGGUGCCACUUCCUGUUAUGUGACAGAUAACGCAGACUUGAUUUUUUUAAGAGAUGCGUAUGAUAUUUUAAUUCCUAAACUAGUGAAUGUUAUAAAUAGACUCUGUAAGUUUGCAAUGGCCAAUAAGGACCUCCCAGUGCUAGGCUGGACUCAUUUCCAGCCGGCUCAAUUAACCACAUUAGGUAAGAGAGCGACAUUAUGGAUUCAAGAGCUUUUGUGGGACUUAAGAAACUUCGAAAGAGCAAGAAACGAUAUUGGUUUAAGAGGUGUUAAGGGUACCACUGGUACACAAGCUUCUUUUUUGGCUUUAUUCCAUGGAGACCAUAAUAAAGUAGAAAAAUUAGACGAAAGAGUGGUGGAAUUAUUAGGUUUUGAUACCGUCUAUCCAGUUACAGGCCAAACUUAUUCAAGAAAAAUUGAUAUUGAUGCCUUUGCGCCACUGUCUUCGUUUGCUGCCACUGCUCAUAAGAUGGCUACUGAUAUAAGGUUGCUAGCUAAUUUGAAGGAAGUAGAAGAGCCUUUUGAAAAGUCACAAAUCGGUUCAUCAGCUAUGGCCUAUAAAAGAAAUCCAAUGCGUUGCGAGCGUGUUUGUUCAUUGGCGAGACAUUUAGGCUCUCUUUUCAAUGAUAUGGUUCAAACUGCAUCUGUCCAAUGGUUUGAAAGAACUUUAGAUGAUUCCGCUAUCAGAAGAAUUUCAUUACCAAGUGGAUUUUUAACCGCAGAUAUUUUGCUGACUACUUUAUUAAAUAUCUCAUCCGGUUUAGUUGUUUAUCCUAAAGUCAUUGAAAGAAGAAUUAAAAGUGAGUUACCUUUCAUGGCUACCGAGAACUUUAUUAUGGCCAUGGUGGAAAAGGGUGCUUCAAGGCAAGAAGUUCAUGAACGCAUAAGGGUUCUAUCGCAUCAAGCAGCAGCUGUCGUCAAGGAAGAAGGUGGCGACAAUGAUUUAAUUGAAAGAAUUAAGAAGGAUGACUUCUUUGAACCAAUUUGGACUGAGCUUGAUAGCUUGCUAGAUCCAGCAACUUUCAUCGGUAGAGCUCCUCAACAGGUAGAAAAGUUCGUCUCGCAUGACGUAGCAACCGCUUUAAAACCUUAUGCAUCAUCCAUUGAUGAUACCGAGGUUAAAUUAAACGUUUAG